CAGAGCCAGGUGCGGGCCCGGCAGAGCCAGGUAAGGUUCCUUACACUCGAAGAUGCCACGCUACGGGAAAAUCGUUGUCAUUAAAAGGAAUGGGACUGAUGGAAUUGUUUUUCCACUCACUUCAACUUCUUGUUUAUUUGGAAGGAAAACAGAGUGUGACAUCCGCAUGCGGCUGCCCUGGGUGUCCAACGAGCACUGCAAAAUCGAGAUCAAUGAGAACAAGGAGGCAGUCCUGACUAAUUUAAGUGAAGUGAACCCCACGCAGCUGAACGGGGCUUGCUUUGAGCAGCCCAUUCCCCUGAAGCACGGAGAUGUGUUAACCAUUAUUGAUCGCUCUUUCAGGUUUGAAUAUCCUCUGCAAUCAACUCCAAAGAAGAGGCAUUCCAGGUCUCCAAAAGAUGAAACUCUGCAGGUUCUUCAUGUUCAGCAGGUGGCAGAAGUGGAAUUAUUACACAAACAAACUUCAGGAGCUAAAAGUCUUGGUGCUUCAGAUAAUGCUGAGUGUGAAGAAAAAAAUGCCAAUGAAAAUAAACAAACUCCAGAGGAAAAUCUUCCUGAAGCUUUCGCUGUCAAACUCCAACCACCCAAAUCUUCCCAGAGAAUACACUGUGUUUUUAAAAAGCAAAAUGAAAAGUCUCCCUUUAGUAAACUCUAUGAAAAUCUGAAAAAUGAGCUGCAAAUGGAAAAACCUCUGCACAGAGGAACUGCCUCUCAGCAAGCUGCAAAAGGAGACCCUGGGAGUGUUCUGCCAGAACCAAGUGCUCCCAUUCCAUCCCUGAGCUGUCUUUUUGAUCUGGGCAGCCUGGCUAAAGGAAAGGAAACGAGCAGGAUGGAAAAUACGGAAGAAUGUAUAAUUGUGAGAUGUGAAGAGAGAAACAGCCCAGGGUUUAACCAGCUGUCAGCUGGAGGAAGAACCCCCAGGAAAAGUUUUACCAGGAGUCCUCGAACUCCCAUUUCAAAGGAGGUGUCAGGAGACACCAGUCAGAAUCCAUUGCAGGAUCCUAAGAAGUUAAGGACACCAGGCAGAUCCAAAGGUACUGCUGUUACACCCAAACCCAGCAAGGAGAACCACAGGAAUUCCCAGGUUUUGCUGGAGCAGUGCUCCAUAGAAAGGAUGGAUUGUCCAGCUAAAGCAAUGACGUGCAGCCUCACAACCCCCACCUCCCGUGUUGCUGAGGGAGGUAAAUGUGCACUGAACACACCAAGGCCCAGGAGGAAGAGUCCUCGGUCUCUUUUCAUGUCACCUCCCACAGAAACCACUGGAAUGAAUUCUGGAAAUCCUGAUACUCCAAAGACCCCACGGCGUGCAUCACUGAAACAGAAAUCACUUCCAGCAAUCCCAGCUGGAGCUCCAAGGGAAGAUUCAAUGUGCAGAAUUGAUAACACACAACCACCUUUGCCAGAAGACAAUUGCUUAAAGCAAAGACCAAACAGCAAACAGCAAACACCACGAAAAACUGCCCAGGAAGUGCUGAAAGAGGUCUGGGAUCAGGCAAACCUGGAUAACUCGAAGGUGGGACAUUGUGAAACCCCUGCCUCUCUCUCUAAUUCCAAGAGUCCCAGAAGAAACAGCAGGGAAAGUAAAGAAUUCUUGGACAAAAGUGCCCAUUCUGAGGCACUGGCUUCAGAAGGGAUGUUGGCAUCUCCUGCUGAUCAGACACCUGGAAGGAAAAGGGGAAGGCCAAGGAGCUCUGGAGUUGUGACUGGAACAGCACUGGAGACAAACACCGCUCAGGAACAUCACAGUUCAGAAACUCCAGCAGAGCUGGCCGUGGACAGGUGUCACCAAAACCAGGAUUUGGAAGAUGCCAGUGCUACAGGACCUCGGACACCAUCAGCCAAGAGAAGAUCUGGAAGUAGUGCUGGGCUGAGAGAUGCUGAGCCUGGCUCAGAAACCGAAACUUUUGGCCUCUUGCAUGGGGAAGACUCAGGCAAGACAAAAAGAAGCUCUCAGAAGAGGAAGAGUGGUGAAAAUGUCCCUCAGACUUUGGGUAAAAGAAAGAGAGUGUCUUUUGGUGGUCAUCUGAGUCCAGAACUCUUUGAUCAAAGUCUGCCUCCCAACUCUCCCCUGAAAAGAGGAGCUCUCCCUGCCAGGCGGAGUUUACCCUACGGAAACUCUCUGAGGGCUGCACUCAAGAAGGCUCAGGGUUUGAAGCACUUGAUAGAUCAGGAAUCAGAAAGGUCACACAAAAAUUCCCCAGCCCAGCAGUCCCCAGGUGCCUCAUCCCCUGCCUCAGGGAAUGCAACACCCAAAAUCUCUUCAGGCUCUCCAGCCCCUUUCAGGAAAGGGCGUUUCUCCAUCUCCCAGCCCCCCACACCAUUCCCAAUUGCAGAGGAAAUGGAUUCUGGCACAGAAGACAUGGAUCCAGAGGGGAAAAAUAUCCAAGGGAAAACACCAAAAUCUUCUCCUGCUACCCAAGAUGCCAAAGCCUUGGUGACAGUGGCACCUGCCAAGUCAGCCAGAAGUGCCCAGCUGGGUUUGAAGGGCACUGCCAUCAAGAGCAGAGGUGGGGCUGUGGCUGUCAUCAGUGCCAAGAGGAGAAGUGGUGCCUCCAAUGCCAAUUUAUUAGUUGCAAAAUCUUGGGCAGAAGUGGUAAAAUUGGGAGUUGCAAGACCACAAUCAAAGACUGCUAAAAGAAGUGUCCGUAAAGGAAGAGUCCUGAAGAGGAGGAACCCCCCAGCAAAGACUUCAGAGAAGAAAAUAAAAGAUCAUUUUAGCACAGGUCAUGCAGAGUCACCUGCUACCAUAGUUGUAGGUAGAGCUUAUUCCACCAAAGUCAGGUCAGCUGGACAUGUCCCUAAAGUGGUAAAAAAUCCCAGGAUGAAGCUUAACAUGGAUAUGGAUGAAAGCUUCACAGGAGUGCCUGAAAUAUUCCAAACUCCAGAAAAUCAGGGAGAAAGAACAUUUCCUUUGGCUGAUGCUCAGAAUGCUGAUUUUACACCACCAUGGGCUGCAGGGGACAUUUCUGACUUGCACACUCCUGAGGGUUCUGGAGAGAUGAUGGUGUCACCAUUAAAUAAUUCAGAUGGUUCAGAGCAGAAGCAAGACAGUCCAGGUAUGCUCUGCUUUCUGAGAGAGGAGUCAUCUCCAUCUAUGUUUGAUGAAAUAGCCACAAAAACUCCUGAAAAAAGAGAAGCUGUGCACAAAAAUAAUGUGGAUAGUUUGGCAAUAAUUCCAGAAAAAACAGCAUCUCCAAUGAAAUCAGGAAGUAAAAGGAGGACUCCAAAGCAGAAGUUGGAGACAGUUGAAGUCAUGUCAAGCAAAAGGAAGAUUUUAAGGACCCCUGAGCAAAGGUCAGAACCAGGAGAGGUUUUGUCAGGUAUCAAGAGGCUCAUGAAGACCCCAAAGCAGAAGCCAGAGCCUGUGGAGGUUUUGUCAGGCAUCAAACAGCUCAUGAAGACUCCAAAUCAAAAACUGGAGCCUGUAGAAGUUUUGUCAGGCAUCAAACAGCUCUUGAAGACCCCACAGCAGAAGCCAGAACCAGUGGAGGACCUGUCAGGCAUCAAGCAGCUCAUGAAGACCCCAAAGCGGAAAUUGGAGCCUAUGGAGGUUUUGUCAGGCAUCAAACAGCUCAUGAAGACCCCAAAGCAGAAACUGGAGCCUACAGAGGUUUUGUCAGGCAUUAAGCAGCUCAUGAAUACUCCAAAUCAAAAAUUGGAGCCUGUAGAAGUUUUGUCAGGCAUCAAACAGCUCUUGAAUACCCCAAAGCAGAAGCUGAAGCCUAUAGAGGUUUUGUCAGGCAUCCAACAGCUCUUGAAGACCCCAGAUCAGAAACUGGAGCCUGUAGAAGUUUUGUCAGGCAUCCAACAGCUCUUGAAGACCCCACGGCAGAAGCCAGAACCAGUGGAGGACCUGUCAGGCAUCAAACAGCUCAUGAAGACCCCAAAGCAGAAAUUGGAGCCUACAGAGGCUUUGUCAGGCAUCAAACAGCUCAUGAAGACCCCAAAGCAGAAAUUGGAGCCUACAGAGGCUUUGUCAGGCAUCAAACAGCUCAUGAAGACCCCACGGCAGAAGCCAGAGCCAUUGGAGGACCUGUCUGGCAUUAAGCAGCUCCUGAGGACCCCACAGCAAGAGCCAGAACCACUCCUGGAUGAAAUUGCCUUGAAAAGGUUGCUGGACACUCCAGCAGAGAGCAGGGAAGCAGUAAAAGCUGUGCCCGGUGUGACUUCAGCCAAGAAAACCCCAAAGCUGAAAUCCCAACCUGUGGAAGACAUGGUCGGGAUCAGCCGCAUUUUCCAGACACCAAAGGAAAAGGUUGAGCCCAUAGGAGACAUGUUUGGAAUCAGCAGAUUAAUGAAGUCUCCUAAAGAGAAAUAUCAACCAGUUGAGGAUUUUGUGGGACUGCAAAGGCUCAUGGCAGAACCUAGGCAGAAACCACCUGAUUCUGAAGUGGACUAUGCUGGAGUGACUGAAAUGUUUGGGACCCCAGAGGAAAUGAAGGUCAGAUCAGUAAAUGUUAUGGAUUCUCAGGAAGAAAUUGCACCUCCUGGUUCUAAUUCCAGUCAUAAAUAUGAAAAGGAAGGAAAAGUUUCCCAAGGUGAAGAUGCUCAACAGAAGAACUCAGAUGGUGAAGAGCAGCCUACCCAGAGAGCCAGAAGGGGCAGGCCAAGGAAGGCUGUACCUCCUGCUGCAGCAAAGCCAAGUGAAAAUGGUGUGAGUUUAAAGGAGUUAGAGAGUCCUGAUACCCAAGAGGAGAUGGGAGUGAUCACACAUGAAAACAAGGGCAGAGGAAGGAGGGCAAAGCGUUGCAUACAAGAAGUUGUUCCAGAGUGCCCUGAUCAGGAAGGGCUCGACAUUGUUUCAUCUGUGGAACCACCUGGUGCUGCUCAGAAAUCAGGAAGAGGUAAAAGGCAAAAGCUGAAGGAGUUAAAACAUCCAAAUGAAAGUCUUGAGUCUUGUGUUGAAGAUUCUUCACUGCUACAAAAAGCACCUGCAAAUAGCAAACAGAGUUUGCAGGACUGUGGCACCAAUGAAACUGAAGAUGAUCCAGGCAUAAAGACAGGACCUGGAAACAUUCAGAAUGAAAUUUGUCAGCUGCAAACAGGUUUAAAUAAUCCUGACAGCAAAGCUAAUGACAGUGGGAUAGAGGACAGUGAAGAAGAGCUCCUGUCACUGAGGAGGAGGCACAGAGGGGUGGAGAACACAGAACCAGUGAUUCCAGCAAAAAGAGGGAGACGAGGAAGGAAUGACCAAGGAAAAGUGGCUUCUCCAGGAGACCUUUGUGGAGCAACCAGAAAUCUUCGUAAAGACCCAUCCCCAAAUGUUACACAAAGACAGGAACAGGAUUGUGACAAAGCUCUUGAGGCUGUCACAGCACAAGAAUCUGAAAAUGGCACUAAACUUGAGCUGAAGGCAACAAAGAGAAGAGUUAAGUCUUUCAGAAGUACUAGAAACAGAAAGCAGUCAGCUGAAAUAAAAGCAGACACUCGUGGGGUCGCACUUGAAAAUACAGAACAAGUUCAGAAAACUGAGGAAACAUCAACUGAAACUGAUGCUGAAACACAAUCCCACGUGAAAAAUGAGAUGAAAGGAUCUCAGGGAUGUGAAACAGAAAAUGCUCAGGAAAAUACAACAGAGGCAGCUCAGAGAUUACAGGCAGAGUCACCUUCUGCAGAGACAAACAAAAUGCCAGUCAGUGCUCAGAACAUGGAAACAACCAGGGCUAGAAACAGGAGAGGCAAAAAAGACUCUCUGGAGCAAAAAGCUGAUGAGUUUACUGAAAAUGUGAACAGCCUGAAACAAAUUACUCCCAAAUUUAAGUCAGAAACAGAAGUGGAUGAAUCUUCUCCCCAGGAUUCCUGGGGCUCUGUUUGUGCCAGUGCAGCCCAAGGCAAGGAGGAGCAGCCCAGCCCGGGUGCCACAUCUGUCCCUGCUGCAGACAGUGCCAGUCCUGCUCAGGGCAGUCACAGGAAGACGAGAAAUGAGUGGGGAGUACUUAAAGCAGAGCAAACUGAAAUCCUGCAGAGGAAUCCAGCACAAACAAAUGCAGUCAUGUGUAGAAGAGGAAGAGGUAAAAAAGUCAAUUUUCAGCUUGGGGAAGGCAGUUCCAAAGCGACUGAAGGAAAAGGUUUACCUGAGGGUGAUGAAGGGAUGGCUGAUAAAGAUAAUCAACGUGAGAAUUCCGAAAAUCCUCCUUCACGGGGAAGGAGGGGCAGGAGAAAGCAACUUGAUUCCAUCCCACAGAAAGCUAGUCCUGCCUUUAUGGAAAAACAAACAUUAAGUGCAGAUCACAGGGAAGAUGAGGCUGUUGUGCAAGAGCAAGAAUCAGCUUUGGAAGCUGCUCCCACUUCAGCAGAGGACAAUCCACCGAGACGAGGGAGGAGGCGUCAGGUGGCUGCAGCAUCACAGACCAGAUCUCCUUCUGUCAGAACGAGACGUGGGGUGCUGGAAGGUGAUGCUAAAAAGACAUCAGAGAGAGAAAAUGAAAAUCCAGCUCUGGGUAAUAAAACUUUACAGGCAAAAGUGAAUUCAUCAGCGAGGGACAGAAGGAUAAAGAUGGAUCCGGCAGCAGAGGCAAGUUCAUCUCCUCUCCAGAGAAAGUGUGGCUUGUCAGAGGCUAAAGAUGAGGGUACUCAUGAAGAACAAAGUGUGCCUGUGGCAGAGGUGCCCUGUGCAAAGGAGGAGCCACCAGGGAGGGGCAGAAGGAAAGAAACUGCUGUGGCAUCACACACAACCAAUCCCAUCUCUCUCAGAGGGAAACGCGGGCUGCCGGCGGGGGAUGGAGCAGAGGCUCCCAAAGAAGAGCAGAAUGUUCCCUUAGAAACGUGUGAUCCAUCCAGGAAGGAAACUCAACUGAGAAGAGGCAGGAGGAGGGAAAUUGCCCCCUUGAUAGAAGCCCAAAGUUCUCUUCAGGGAAACCAGGUCCUGUCAAAACGAAGUGGUAGAAAAAGUAACGACAGGGAAGCUAAACAGAGCAAGGACAAUUCUUCCCAAGAAAGUACGGAUUUUGUAAAAGGCAGCUCGAGGCAAGCAACCACUUCACUGGCUCUUAGUCCCACCUCACUUCAAGGCUUGCCAGAAGAUGGUAAAGAUGGAAUUUCUGAACAACAAAGUCAACUUUUGGAAGUAGCUCCACCUGCAAAAGAAAAUCCAUCAAGAGUGGGCAGGAGGAAAACAACUUCUUUCGCUUCUGAAGAAACGAUUUCCACUUCUCUCAGGGGAAAACCCAACCUGCCCAGAGGCAGAGGUCAGAAGAGGAUUCUUAGAGGUGAAGAUACAUCUCCAGAAAAUAAUCCAUGCCAGGGAAGAACAAGGCAGUUGAGGAAUAAUAGGAGGAAGGUGGAAUUUCUAUUAGAGGCAGCUGCUUCUACCUCUCCCCAUAAAAGCAGUGACUUGCCAGAAAAUGGCAACACUCUGGAAACUCAGGAUUUGAGUGGAGCAUCCACUGGUUCUGAAGAGAAUCAGUCUGGAAAAGGCCAGGAGGGUGACCCUGCUCCACAGGCAGCCCCCACCACUCGCAGAAGGAAAUGCCAGCUGCCAGCAGAGGAUGUGGCACCCAAAAAAUCAAAAUCAGGGAAUGAUGAAAAUGGGUCUCUACAAAGAGGAAGAAGAAACAAAACUAAACUUGGAGAAGAGGAUGCAAGGGCAGCUCAGACUGCUGGAGGGAUGGAGAGGAGGACAAGAUCCAGCACAAGAACAAGGAAACAGCCUUAAGAGUCCCAGAACCAGUUCUUAAAUCAAUUCAAUAAUUCCAAUUACAGGUCGUUUUUAAUGUGAAUUGAUUUGCACUCAGAUUUUAAGCUCAGAUUUUUGAUAAUUCUAUGGUUGCUUUGCAAAAUCUAUUUCUUAAUGUAUUUACAGAUAGAAGGUAGGUAUUUCUUCAGUAGCUUUGCCAACGUGUGGUGGUUCCUAAACCAUGGGGUGCUUGUGCAAAGCUGUAAACAUAAAAUACAAUUUGUUAUACCAGUGUUCCUCCCCUUUUCCCUGUUGAUCAGUAAAACAAUCAGGAAGCCAUGCUACUUCCAGCUCAAGCUAUUUCCUGCUGAAAUUUUCCUAUGCUGAAGUUUUUAUUUUUUAUCGGAGUUUUGUAAAUAUUCUUUUUAAAAGAUACUAGUUGUAUUAGCAGAAGUAUUAUGAUAAACUUGUGAUAAUUUUUUUUUUAAAAAAAAUUAAGCUUGUAUUAAAAAAUGCAAGUUUUGAAGUCAUUAAACUUGUAAACAAUU